AUGUACACCACUCAACUCCUGUCCGCCUUCUUCAUCAUCACUUCUCUGCUCAUCGUCCCGGGAGUUCAUGCUGCAGGCGGAUUCGCCGCGACCUGCUCCGGCUACUUCGUCCGCGACAACCACUUCCUGCAGGCCAACUGCGGCGACGGGGUCGGGGGGUUCAAAGACUCGACUCUCGAUCUCAACCUCUGCAUCGGAAAUUUCGGCGGCAACCUCGUUUGUGCGCGCAACGGCGGCUAUGCAGGCUCAUGCUCGGGCUGUGGUAUCCGCACUGGAGCGUUUAUGACAUGCAGAUGUGGUGGUACACCACAGGGAAGCGCCAUCGUCGCAGACCUCAACGAGUGUGUUGCAAACCUUGGCGGAAACUUGGCCUGUGCUGUGUAG